AUGGCCACUACUUAUCAUCCACAAACCAAUGGACAAGAUAAAGUUUCAAUUCGGCAAAUUAAGAACAUUCUUGAGAAGGUUGUGAAUACUUCAAGAAAAGGUUGGUCUUCCCUAUUAGAUGAUGCUCUAUGGGCAUUGCGGACAGCAUAUAAGACUCUAUUAGGAAUGUCACCGUACCAAUUGGUUUUUGGGAAAGCAUGUCGCUUUCUAGUUGAAGAGGAACACAAAGUGAUGUGGGCAAUUAAGCAAGUGAACAUGGACUAUGAAGCUGUUGGAAAGAAAAGGUUGUUGGACAUCACCAAGCUAGAGAAGAUUCGAAGAAAUGCUUAUGAAAAUGUUGCGAUUUAUAACGAAAAGACCAAAUGA